AUGUUGGAUGACAUCCAUAACCACUUGGAAGAAGGUCUGAAGCCUGUGAGAAUUAAGUGCUUGGGUGUGCCAACCCUCGACAUGGACCAUGUUUGCUUCCACCUUGAGGUCCAUACUCGAGGUGGAGUCACUCACAACAUGUUGGAUGACAUCCAUAACCACUGGAAGAAGGCUGAAGCUGUGAGAAUUAAGUGCUUGGGUGUGCCAACCCUCGACAUGGACCAUGUUUGCUUCCACCUUGAGGACAAGUCAUAUGGGAAACCUAAGCUUGUGAAGAAUGUAAACGAGGGUUUGACAUAUGAGGAAACAAAAGAAAUGAGAAACAUCGUAUUGAACUCAGAUCCUCUCAUGAAACUCACUAGAAAUGGUGUGUAUGUGAAUGUGGUGGAGAGGUUGAGGGAGGCUUUUAAGACUCAGGAGGUUGUUAGACUGGACUGCACCCAUGUGGGAACCAGUGACUGCAAAAAGAUUGGAGUGAAGCUAAGGGAUUUAGUGCCAUGUGUUCCUAUCUUGUUUAAGGAUGAGCAUAUAAUCCUUUGGAGAGGAAAGUUGAAUGAGCACCCUUCAGAUUCACAUGUCAGCAAGGGAAAAUGCACUGAUUCACGACUGAAAUCCCCAAAUCAACUGCAACAUCUUUGUAAACCCGAUGGAAAAAAAAUAUCUAGUCUGGGCAAGCAAAAUAGGGUUGUGGGGGAGAUUCACUGCACUGAAAUUAUCACACUAACAGAGUGUGGUGAGGAAUAG